GGCGGGCGACCAAGGAUUCGUAUCGCUUCACCGCCUUCAACAAGGACAAAGUCCAGGAUGACUGAAGGACCUGAAGUUGGCGGUGUUCAAAUCGUUGAUGUUUCUCAAAAUGACACACCAGGGCCCGAAUGUCGCCCUACGCCUGAGACGAGGCGUUUCCUGUGGACAUUUACUCUGAAUCCUUCCGUUUCUUAUGUCAACUUCAGCGUCUACUUAUUGGCUGCCGCUCUGGGAAUUUGCUUAUUUGUGUUCAUCAAUUCCUCGCAGGUACUGACAGAUGAAGCCAUUUAUCCUAUUCUGCGUCAUAUAAAGCAAGAACUUCUGCAGGGUUUUGUAUUGGGCCAAGUUUUGUUGAUCCCUUCAGAGGAGCUUGGAAAUGCUUCCGGAUCACUGACUUUCUAUGAUGAGCUUGUAUCCAUAUUUGCUGUCUGGAUCUGGGGUAUAGCAUCAGAUCGCAUCGGACGACGAGCUGUAUAUGGACUGGGCUUUGCCAUUAUGGCCCUGGGAUUGGCGCUUUUCACAUAUGCCAAGAAUCUCUAUCCUCAACUGCUGCUCUUUCGCUUAGUAUUUGCUUUGGGCGGAGGAGCGGCGAGUUCGAUGAUGACGGCAGUGUUGUCGGACUAUGCGAGUGAUGACGAUCGAGGAAAGACCUCAGGUCUGGUUGGAUUGGUAUCAGGGUGCGGCGCUUUGAUUGCGGUAUUCCUCCUGUUACGCUUGCCGGCCAAGUUUGGGGACGGGGCAGAGGGCCUUCGAGUCACGUUUUGGAUAGCUGCCGGACUGUCGGCUGCAUUUGCUUGUGUGUUGUGGAUAUGCCUUCAAAGUAAAGAAAGCCUAUUGAAAGCACCAGAUGCCACCACCGGUCGGAAAGCAUCCAUCGAUACUGGGACAGAAAACAGUACCAGCUCCAUAUUGCCCGCAACCGAUGCAUCUGAUGGAGCCCAACUUGAAGUUACCCGGAGGAAGAGCAUAAAGGAGAUUGCAUGGGAAGGUAUUUUGGCUUCCAAGGACCCUAGAAUUCUGCUGGGUUACGCAGGAAGUUUCCUAGCCAGGGGUGACACCAUAAUACUUACUUUAUUUCUGCCACUAUGGAUCUACAAGUAUUACAUUGAAUCGGGUCUGUGUCCCAAUCAAGACGUUGACAAUCCAGAUGUUAAAGAAAACUGUCGGGAAGCUUAUAGGCAAGCAUCUAUACUUGCCGGGAUUGCCCAAACUUUUGCUUUGAUUGGCGCUCCCCUUUUUGGCUGGCUUUCAGAUCGGUGCUAUCGCCCCCUUCCUCUCCUGGGAGCGGGAUGCAUUGGCCUCGCAAGCUAUUUAUCGACCUUUCUCAGCACAAACCCGACCUCAAGCGGAAUGUAUGUCGCAAUGUGCGUAAUAGGGUUCGCGGAGAUCGGCAUGGUUGUCGGGUCCCUUUCACUGGUCACCGCGGCCUAUGUUCCACGGCAGAUCCGGGGAAGUGUAGCAGGAGUAUCCAGUUUCUUUGGAGCCGUGGGAAUCUUGAUCAACACUCGAUUGGGUGGGUAUCUGUUCGAUCAGUGGACUUCGGGGGCACCCUUUUUUAUCAUGUUUGUGUCGCAUGUGGUUUUCUGUUUGAUUGCUGUUGUAGUUAUCGUCCGGGAUGCGCUGAAUGCAAGGAGGGAACGACGCCAUGGUACAACCCUAUUGGCCGUCAUGCAAGAAGGCUUUGAGCGCAGGUCGCUCAUUCUUUAAAGUAGAUAGCCUGUUGGUAUUUUUUUUCUUUUGAUUAUGCAUAUAUGUUUGGAUAUCGAGAGGUGUGCGUACCGAGAAAGAAUCUUUCAUUAACCAUAUAAAAUUCAACCGAGAGGUGAAACUGCCAAUAUCCAC